AUGUCCAGAACUUCUUACGACAGAUAUCUUACCGUCUUCUCCCCGGAAGGGCGGUUGUACCAAGUCGAAUAUGCCUUCAAGGCCAUCUCAGGCUCUGGACACACGGCGAUCGCUGUGAGGGGGAAGGACACUGCAGUCGUGAUCACACAGAAGAAAGUCCCAGACAAGCUUCUCGAUGCCUCUACUAUCACGCAUCUCUUCAGCAUUACCCCAACGAUCGGCUGUGUCAUGACAGGGCUCAUCGCCGACGCACGCGCGCAAGUACAACGAGCGCGAUCGGAAGCCGCUGACUUCCGCUUCAAAUACGGUUACGAGAUCACGCCCGACGCGCUCGCUAGGCGACUAGCAAACGUCAACCAAGUCUACACGCAGCGUGCAGCCAUGCGGCCAUUGGGCAUCUCGAUGAUUGUCAUCGGGACCGACCCUGAGUACGGCCCACAAUGUUUCAGGCUCGAUCCUGCAGGCUACUUCGUCGGCUUCCACGCGACGUCAGCAGGCCAAAAGCAACAGGAAGCGAUGAACCACCUCGAGAAGAAGUGGAAGAAGCUGGACAAUGGACGCGGAGCAGAGGACGCGGUCGCGGCGGGCAAGACCCUUAGCAGAGCUGAGGUCAUUGAGAUCGCGAUCGAAGCGCUCUCAACGGUACAUGCCACGGAUUACAAGUCAGGCGAGGUCGAGAUCGGGAUUGUGUCCGAGGGCGAAGAGGAGAACCCGAAGACGCGGGGGCAGUGGCGCGUCAUGGACGAGAAAGAGAUCGAGGAGCACCUGCUCGCGUACGCUGAGAAGGACUGA